GCAAAAGCCCCAGUCAUGCUGAUCUGAGAUCUCCUGCAGUGCUGCAUUCCUGUCCAAGACUGUGAAUAAACACACUCCAGCUUCAGCAAUGACCAGUGCGGCUCACACUCCUCCUGUGCGACACUACGUCUUAGUUAUUUUGCUCUUCUCGUUCUGCGUGAGUUGGUCAGGAGGAAAGCGCGUGUUUAAAUGUCCUUCAGGAUGUACUUGCACCACCGAGACCAUCAUCUGCGUCGGGUCAUCCUUCAUCCCCCGGACUGUCCCAGCCGACAUCACCUCUCUGAGUAUUGUUAAUGGCACUUUUCCAGAAAUCAGAGAAGCUACGUUUGCCCUGAUGCCAUCACUGCACUUGCUGCUCCUCAACUCCAACUCCAUCUCUCUCAUAAAGGACGACGCUUUCUCAGGCCUUCCUCGCCUCGAAUACCUAUUCAUCGAGGGGAACAAGAUCGAGGAGAUCAGCAAACACGCCUUCAGAGGACUGCGAGACGUCACGCAUCUGUCUUUAGCGAACAACAAUCUGAAAAGUUUACCCAAAGGCCUGUUCUCUGACAUGCACUCUCUCAUUGAGCUAGAUUUGAGAGGAAACCAGUUUCAGUGUGACUGCCAGAACAUGUGGCUGAUGUUGUGGGUGAAGAAGACGAACGCCACGGUUUUAGAUGUUUCCUGUGCAGAACCGGAGGAGACGAAGGGCAUCUUGUUGAAGGACUUCCCCGAGAAACACGCCAAGUGUGUCUCCACUGAUUUCAUUCCUCAUCAGACCAUAAACACUCAGUCCAUGUCAGCGGACAUUUUCUCCUAUAAAGAUGAUGUGUACGUGGCCCUGGCCGUCCCGAACUCGGACAGCUGCAUCAUCAUGGAGUGGGAUCACAUCGAAACCCACUUCAGGCCUUUCGAUAAUAUCACAGGACGGUCCGUGAUUGGUUGCAGGUCGGUGUCGAUUAACGAGCAGGCAUUUGUGAUCGUCGCUCAGCUCUUCGACGGCUCUCGCAUCUACAGAUUCGACCAGGAGCAGAACCAGUUCACCAAAUUCCAAACAGUGGAAAUGCUCAACGUGUCCAAGCCGAACGACAUCGAGGUGUUCCGACUCGGGAACGAGUGGUUCUUCCUGAUCGUGGACAGCUCCAAAGCAGGCAUGUCCACCCUGUUCAAGUGGAACAACACCGGCUUCUUCCCGUAUCAGUUUCUCCACGAGUGGUUCCGCGACACGGACGCAGAGUUCCUCGACCUGGACGGGAAAUCCGUGCUCAUCCUGACGAGCCGUUCUCAGGCUCCGGUCAUCUACCAGUGGAACAAGAGCACCCAGACGUUCGUCUUCUUCGAGGACAUACCGAACAUGGACGACAUGGUGAGCGUGAAGGCCUUCAGGAUUGAUCGCGUCCUCUAUUUAGCUCUGGCCUGCUACAUUGGAGACUCGAAGGUCCUGAAGUGGACCGGGAAGCGAUUCGAGGAAGUCCAGGGCUUCCCAUCACGUGGUGCCAUGGUCCUCCAGCCGUUCAGCUUCAGAGAUCAGCACUAUCUGAUCCUGAGCAGUGAUUACUCCUUCUCUCAGAUCUUCAGAUGGGACAUGGAGAAGCAGAUCUUCAUCAAAUUCAGGGAGGUGUACGUUCAGUGGCCUCGUUCUUUCACUCCGUUAUCCACGGGUCAGCGCGAUUUUCUCCUAGCCACCAGUUUUAAGGGGAAAACCAAGGUUUUCGAACACGUCUCGAUCAAUUACAGCUGAUGAGAAUGAGAACACUGAGGUCUGAUGUAGAGCUGGGCGAUAAUCAGCUUUUACAUUUCAUCUGUUUUAUUGACAUUAUUAUUUUUCUAUAUAUUCCAUAUUGUUUAUAGUUUUCCCUAACUUUCUUUGAGCACAGAUUUAAUCCUGCUCUCAACCAAUCAGGGCAAGCCUUGAGGCAGAAAUGAUGUGACUUCAGUUAAAAAAUGAUUCACUGUGAGUCUGGUUUAGAGAUAAACUGUGGAUAGUUUACAUCAUUUUUUAUGUCAUGUUUAAAAGUUUAUUUUUGUGUGAAAAGAAAUUUUUGAAGAAUAUUCCUUUAUUAGUUAAAACUAGAAUACGUGAGCCAUCUUGAGGUGAGGACGCCAUUUCUAAACAUUUUCUCCACAGAAAGUUUGGCCAAUCCCUCCUGCUUCCUGUAUUGUCUUUGUUUUGUACAGACCCAAAAUAGUUUCUAAUGAAUUCAGUGGUUUUAUUUCUACAGAGCCUCUGAAGUGACCAGUGGAUACCAAGAAGUCAUGGCCAUUAUAGACCAAGUGACUUUACUGGGGUGUUUAUCUACAAAAUAUUGACCAUUAAAAUGGCGUAAUCAGACAAGCUAUCAGACAUCAGCAGUUUGUCUCUAUCAAGCUAUAAAAAAGCUGUACUUCUUACUCAAGUACUCCAGUGGUAGAAACUGAUGAGUCAGCAGCUAGUCAGGAACAGGUGCUAGCGCUAGCUAAAAACAAACUUUUGCCUCCCAAUAAUGAUGGAAAUUGUCUUUGUAAAACUUUGACCAAUAUUUAACUUGCUUGUUCCUAAAUAUUACACUUGUUAGCAUUCUUCUGCGCUGGAGAAGGAUGAAAUGAGAUGAAAUUUCUCAGAGACGUUGUAGAGGACGUUCCUGUAGCCACAGCCAGGCUUAACAUUUGUUCUUCAGUUAUUGAUUUAGUGGUCAGAAUAAGUCGCUGACCCUGAUACAGACUAACAGUUUAUCUGUGUAGCAUUAUUCCAAGAUUAAAAGUGUAAUAUUAAAAUUUUUGUCCUUUUGAAAUACAGUGCAGUGUUUCAUAACCUCGAUGUAGAUCUUGAGAAGCUUAACUCUUGACCUCUGAGUAUGAUCUCCUGGCCACACUUUAUUAAAAUAAACCCCGCGUGUCACCUCAGCGGCUCGUCGAAACAUAUCCCAGUGAUUAAAUAAGACCACAGCGACUCUGAUGUUGAGUAAAGAGACGCAGUAAAUGUGUUAAAUUCACACCAACAUGGCUGUUCUUCAACAUUCCCAUAAAAAAAUCCCAUCUCAAAAAUUUCCUUUCAUAUCGCCCAGCUCUAGUCUUACGAUAUUACAUAAUGAUAAUUUGAACGUUCCUGAUGAAGAUAUAUGCAUUAUAACCCUGUCUUGGCCAGUGCAAUAUUAUAUCAGCAAAAAUAAUAACAAUAAUAACAAUAAUAAUAAUAAUAAUAAUAACAAUAAUAAUAAUAAUAAUCUGGUCUUUCCGUGUUUUCUGGAAGAGGUGUAAACAUGGUGCAUGUCUAUAAAUCCAAAUAUGCAAUGGUUUUACAUUUACUGUUAUAUUAACUCAAUAAGACUGACGCGGAUUCCCCAAAGCACGGAACCUGCAGUGUGUGGAAUAUUUAAUCCACACGUCCGGGGAAUUCCAUCCGAGUCUCGCUGCUUAUUGUCUUUGAGCUCCAGGGCUUUUCACAUCUUUUUUUCCCCCAGACUGUUACGUGCUGAGAGGAGCAAUAACGUUCCACUGAUUUAACGCUAUGCAAGUAGAUGUAGAAAAUGCUGACCAAAGAUAGACGAAGAUGGAGCGCUAGCAAUACUUCCUGUAGAGAAUGUACGCCUUAUUGAUCAAUGCUGCAUCUCCUUAAAGGCUUCCGUUCAAAAGGAAAGCGCUUUGGUUGUUUCACAGUGUGCAUUAACUGUGUGUAUAUCCUGAAGAAAAUAA